UGUCAAAUUUUCCUCGUCAGUACCAAAGCACCAUGAUGAUGAUGACUCGCUCUGCGCCCCGGCUGCACGCCAUCUCGCGCGCUUCCACGCGCGCGGCGUCCUCGACCCCGUUGUCCGUGCUCGACCCCAAGGGUAGCGCCACGAUCGACGAAACCUACGCCAAGAUCGAACACAACCUCGGCGUGAUCCGCAAGACGUUGAACCGUCCGUUGACGUUGGCCGAAAAGAUCAUUUACGGCCACUUGGACGAUCCCCACUUCGGCACCCCCAAGCGCGGCGAAACCUACUUGAAGCUCCGCCCCGAUCGCGUCGCCAUGCAAGACGCCACGGCCCAAAUGGCCGUGCUCCAAUUCAUCUCGUCCGGGCUCCCCAAGACCGCGGUCCCCACGACCAUCCAUUGCGAUCACUUGAUCACGGCGGAAAAGGGCUCCACCAUCGACUUGACCACGGCCAAGGACGUGAACAAGGAAGUGUAUGAUUUCUUGGAAUCGGCUGGUGCCAAGUUUGGCAUGGGCUUCUGGCGCCCUGGUUCCGGUAUCAUCCAUCAAAUCGUGUUGGAAAACUACGCGUUCCCGGGUGGUUUGAUGAUCGGUACGGACUCGCACACCGUGAACGCGGGUGGGCUCGGCAUGUGCGCCAUCGGUGUCGGCGGAGCUGACGCCGUGGACGUGAUGGCCGGCAUGGCGUGGGAAUUGAAGGCGCCCAAGGUGAUUGGUGUCAAGUUGACGGGUAAGUUGAGCGGCUGGACGUCGCCCAAGGACGUGAUCUUGAAGGUGGCCGACAUCUUGACCGUCAAGGGCGGCACCGGCGCCAUCGUCGAAUACUUUGGCCCGGGUGUGGAAUCCAUCUCGUGCACGGGCAUGGGCACGAUCUGUAACAUGGGUGCUGAAAUCGGCGCCACGUGCUCGACGUUCCCGUACACGGACCGCAUGGCCGACUACCUCAAGGCGACCACGCGUCCAGGCUUGGCAUCCGCCGCCGACUCGUUCAAGGCCAACUUGAUCGCCGACGAAGGCGCGCACUACGACCAAAUCAUCGAAAUCAACUUGGACACGUUGAAGCCGCUGCUCAACGGCCCGUUCACCCCCGACCGAGCCAACUUGGCCGGCAAGGGCAUCAAGGAAGCCAGCGAAGCGAACGGGUGGCCCACGGAACUCUCGGCUGGGUUGAUUGGAUCGUGCACGAACUCAUCGUACGAAGACUUGAGCCGAUGCGCCGACCUGACGCAGCAAGCCAAGAAGGCGGGGCUGCAGUUCAAGGUGCCGUACUAUGUGACCCCUGGCUCGGAGCAAGUGCGCGCGACGAUCGCCCGCGACGGCAUCCUCGACACAUUCCUCGAAGCCGGCGGCACCGUGCUCGCCAACGCGUGCGGGCCAUGCAUUGGGCAGUGGAACCGCACGGACGUUCCGUACGGAGUCAAGAACUCCAUUGUGACAUCGUACAACCGCAACUUUGCCAAGCGCGCCGACGGCAACCCUGAAACGCACGCGUUUGUGACAUCGCCAGAGCUUGUGACAGUGUGCUCGAUCGCAGGCACGACCACAUUCGACCCGGAAACCGACAGCCUCACCACGCCCGACGGCAAGCCGUUCAAGUUUGAAGCCCCCCACGGCAAGGAACUUCCCCCCCGUGGGUUUGACGCGGGUGAAGACACGUUCCAGCCGUCUCCGGAAGACGGAUCGAAGCUGUCGGUCAAGGUGAGCCCGACGUCGGACCGCCUGGCGCUGCUCGAGCCGUUUGACGAGUGGAACGGCAAGGACUUCGAGAACCUCCCCGUGUUGAUCAAGACCAAGGGCAAGUGCACGACGGACCACAUCUCGAUGGCUGGCCCGUGGCUCAAGUACCGAGGCCAUCUGGACAACAUCUCGAACAACAUGUUGAUUGGCGCUGUGAACGCCGAAAACGACGAGACCAACCAUGUGGUGCACCAGUUGAAGGGCACGUACGACAAGGUGCCGGCGGUCGCGCGCCAGUACAAGGCGGAAGGCAUCUCGUGGGUCGUGGUGGGCGACGAAAACUAUGGCGAAGGGUCGUCCCGCGAGCAUGCGGCGCUGGAACCUCGUCACUUGGGCGGCCGCGCGGUGAUUGUCAAGUCGUUUGCACGCAUCCAUGAAACCAACUUGAAGAAGCAGGGCAUGCUGCCGCUAACGUUUGCCAACCCGAGCGACUACGACAAGAUUAGCGGCAAUGACAAGGUGUCUAUCGUGGGCUUGGACAAGUUUGCCCCCGGGAAACCCUUGACGCUCAAGGUUACGCCCCCGUCUGGCAAGACGUUUGACGUUGUGGUUAACCACACGUUCAACGACGAACAGAUUGAAUGGUUCAAGAACGGCAGUGCGCUGAACUUGAUGAAGAAGUUGAACGCGUAAGAAGAAGAGAGACUUGUGUGUCGUACACGAACCACGAAAUAUAUAGCGUUGAGUUCGUUCUUGGGAUGAUGGUACUUAACUGUUACAUAGUAUUAUAGUAUUGUGCAUUUCCCCCAAAUAUUUGGACUUUUGUGAAUCAUUUCGCAAAAAUCAGG